GUUCCUUUUUGAGAAUAAAAUUAGAAGUCGGUAGAAACAGAAAGUUGUGUUUGGAAGUAAUUGUGACCCAUGUCGUGAACUACAAGACCUUCUCUACGCCGGAAAAAACAGUGCCGCUUGAAAAUCAUUUUGUAGUUGUGUGGUGCGUUUCUGUUUGAUAACUUGUUACCCUGAGUGAAGAGCUUUUUUACAAACAUAGAAAAUUAUCCCGGAAGCAUAGACCGCCAAAGCGAACGCAUGAGAAGUUGAACAGCUGCAAGAGAGAAAUAUUCAUGCUAGCAUAUCUACUUACAUCUCUAUAAAUUCAUCGCAUAAGUAUUUGAUUAAGUUCGUAAACAAGGUGUACAUAGUGGCACUGCAGCAAGCGCGUCGCUGUAUCAUUAUACAAUUUCACUCAUGUGAGGACAUUCUCAACAUUCAUCGUCCUCUGUUUUUGAUCUCUACUGCACGGGGGACACGCUGCCGUGUGCGAGAGGGUGGAGAAAGCGUGCGUCCAGUUUUGAAAAUUUAAAAAACAUGUUCACCCGGCGUGUGUGUUUAGCGCGCAACACACGUCGUUGUGCGCCACGUGUAGUUUGUUGUAAAAAUAAAGAAUCACUUCUGAAGCAAGAAAAUAUACCGCGGAACUGUGAAGUACCUACUUUUACGUGCUUUGAUGAAGAUGCCGGAGGUGGAUGAGCCGUUCCAGAACUACCUUUUUGCUGGCCAUCCGCUUACAUAUUCUUUCACCUCCUAGGUGGACUUAAUAUUCCACUGGUGUAGAAGCAGAAGCUGGGACUAGGACAACUACUACAACAGCGACUUUAUUUACCGGCGCACCACAAGUGAGGCGGCCUGGUGUGGUGCUCGUCGGCGGAUCUCCCCGCAGCAGAUACGGAUGUUCGACGCCUUGUUGGCUUCCCGACAACAUCAACAAGACCGAAAGAACUUACUUCUACAAAGUCGUUAUCAACGACGUCGUCGUGCACCCGCACCGAUACAACUAGAAGGAACGUGGACUACUACACGAAGAAAAGAAGAGCAAAAGAACAUCGUCUUCCGCUGGAGCUGCACCAAGAUCAAGAAUCAUGAGUGGAAUGUUCAAUUCCCUGUACCAAACCUACCACGGAGCAGUUGACGCGAUCAUCAGACUAUGGAGCGAAAAAAGUUUGUCACAGUCACUAACUUGCAGGUUUUGCAUUACAAAUUUUCUCAGCAUCACAAAGAACUUUCACUAAACUUUCCUUGUAUUGCAGAAACACUAGGGAAAUCCCUAAUGAAGUUCGGCUGUGAUGCAUUUUUACGCAUGACAAACAAUUUUGUAUUGCAAAAAUGCGCAUGAGUGAUCGUGACGAACUUUUUUUCUUUGAUACAGACCCCCGAGGGAUCAGUACACGUUGGAUGAGCUCGGGCCAAAAAGAUUCCGGAGCGGCACGACCGUCUGGCACAGGAAGGACCUCCAACUCUUCAACGAGCGGGGCCACAAACUCCAGUGCUCCCACUACCUUCCGUACAACCUCUGCGAGGGCAUUGUGAAUUCCGCCGCAGCAGCACGGGCAACGUCCUCCACCGGUAGUGCGCCUGGUGCUGCGGGAGCAGACACAUCUACUGCGAGUAAAAAGCGGCAAGUCGAGCGAUGGCCUUGCGUCGUGUACCUGCACGGGAACUCUUAUGGAACUGUCAGGAUUGAAAUUGACAAAUUUGAAAAAUGUGUGAUGCAUAAAACCGAUACCAGUUGAAAGCCCAAUUCCUAAGCGGCGCAUGACAAAUUUCGACGUCAUCGAGAUCCAGUUUGUCACGCUGUUUAGCAAAGGAAGGCAUCCUUUGUCAUGCUACUUUAGCAGCUCUAUCGCAAACCCAAAACAGGCUUACAGUCGGCCUCACUUGCCAUCCCUGCAAGAGAAACACUUCAUGCCUUGCCAUUUAUGCAUGAUAAAUUAUCUCAACUUUGACGAUUUCAAUCCUGACACUCCCAUAACCCUUCUUCCCGAUUGGAAGCGAUGGGCGCGUUGGAAGUCGUCUUGCCCCUCCCCUGCACGCUGUUUUGCCUAGAUUUUUCCGGAAGCGGACUCUCGGACGGGGACUACGUUUCUCUAUGCAUUGCAAACGCAUCGUACUAGUAGUAAAAAUCGCAUUACAAAUUCGGUCACCGUGACAAAGGGAUAAAUUUGUCAUGCUGUUUUUCCUUGGGAUGGAAAUUUGUGAUGCAUGAUUGCGAUUACUACGAGUGCCAUACUUUUGCACAGGAUAUUCUCUGGGGUACUUUGAAAAGGAAGACUUGAAAAUCGUGAUCCAGUAUUUGCGAAGCACAGGCUACAUCGGCAGCAUUGGCUUGUGGGGAAGAUCGAUGGGCGCGGUCACGGCUCUGCUUCACGCGGAUCGGGAUCACUCGCUGGCGUGUCUGGUAAGUGUAUUUUUUGUUGUGAUGGUGGAAUUCCGUCUUGCAAGAACUACACAACUGAUGCAGUUUGUCAUGCACAGUACCAGUGUGAGUACCUCCUGCAGGCACGACCUGAGUUGUUGAUUCAAUUAUCCCACGUGUGUCAACAAAGGUACUCGACUCCCCCUUCACCCGGCUCCGGACGCUUUGCCAAGAGUUAGUGGAAAACGGGGAGUAUCUUGGGCUAAAAGCCGGCAUGCUCACGACCAUGAUUGUCGACGGUGUUAUCCAGGAAAAAACACCCAUCCCCAUCAAUUUUUUGCAUGACAAACACUGCAGCUUAUGCAUGUUUUGCAUGACAUCAAAUUGGAUGAGUAUGGGUGUUUUUUUCCUGGAUAGGUGUUCUCCACUUCCUCCGUGGGACCGUCAAAGAGCGCGCCGGGCUAUGCAAAGCGAAAGUAUAAACUGUAUUGGUGUGAAAUAGCAUUACAAAUUCAUUUUUUUUCUAGCAGGAGAUGGAGGUGGAUUUUCUGAUGCUGAGGUAUACUUAGUUAAAGAGCGAGAUUUGUCAUGCAGUGUUCCCAUUACUAUUUACGAUUUAUACUUUUGCAAUGCAUACGGGUUUGAAAUCGACGAUUUGCAGCCGAUCGAAAACGUCUCGAAGUCCUUUGUCCCGGCAUUCUUUCUCGCGGUAUCCUGUGCAAAAGUAUCGUACUAGUAGGAAUCGCAUCACAAAUUGGCUCAGCAUUACAAAUUAAAUUUGUAAUGCGGAUUUCCCUUAACAUCUAGAUUUGUAAUGCAUGGUUGCGAUAACUACGAGUGCGAUACUUUUGCACAGGAUACGCGGGCGCAGACGACAACUUCAUCUCCCCAAACCACAGCCAGCAACUUUACGAUUUGUAUUAUUUGGAGUUUUGUUUAUAAAGAUUUUGUCAUGCAGUUUGUCCCAUGACAUGGGCGAUUUUCGUUUUCCUCGUGAAGGAGCCUCGCAUGACAAACUCAGCAAUCUUCGCAUGCUUCUACAGGUAUGCCGGCGAAGACAAAUACUACCAUGUGGUCGAGGGUGCGGACCACAAUAGCCCCAGGCCGAGGGACGUGUAUCCUGUUCAAAAACGUCACCACCCCGAUUUUUUCAUGCAGAUUUGCAAUUACAGGAACGCUUGUAAUGCGCCUCCCCAAGUGAGGCACAACUUUCCGUCGUGUUUUGGCAUUUGUGAUGCUGGAAACAGGAGAAUGGGAUUGAUUUGUGAUGCGGGUGCCUUUGCUAACCUUCACUACAAUAGAGAGACGAGAAACUUGUCUUGCUUGAUUGCCAAAACUUCGUGAGCUGUGUUGCAGACUAUCCUGCCUGACUCUGGGGCGGGGGCGACGUUUUUACACACGAUAACGUGCAAAAGAAGAUCACGAAUUUUCUGCGGGACGCACUGCAGGACCCGGAGACCCGGAACAUGAUUAGGAUGGUGGAUUUAUCACAGGAAAAAGCGUAUAAAUGUAAUUAACGGAGUUUCUGAUGCAAUAGCAAUGGCGCACGCAGAGCCACUUCGUGUUGUAAAUUUGUAUUGCUUGUUAACAUGCACGUUGGUCCAUUUUUUCAUUUUUCAUGCAUGGGUGGCAUCUCCGAAAAAAAACCGUUAAUGUGAACUACACUUUUUUGGCGGAUAGAACUGGGAGGAAAUUGUAACGGACGCGGCCUUUCCCUUCCUCGUCCCACCACAGGAGCAGCAAGGUGGUUCCAUUUCUUCAAACGGAGCAAAUGUGAAAUUCAAUCAGCAGCCAAGCAAGUCUAUCAACUGCAAAUAUGUCUGGGUCUGGGAGAUUGCGAGACUUGUCAUGCCGGUCUGACAUGACUGUGAGCUCUGUAUUGCGCGCCCGCGAAGAGGUCCUCUCUUCUGUCAUGCAAAAACGCAGCUUUUCAUGCGUAGUACGCAACUCUAAACCACGGAAAAACUUGUCAUGCUGUGGAGCGCAUUGCAGUGUGCUUACUAUUCCCUUCCUUGCAUCACAAGGCUCCAGACCCGGACAUGUUUGCAUUUGAUAAAGUUUUUACAGCAAAAUAACGGCGGAUCGUCAGACGGAGCCACUAUUUCCGGCGCCCAGGUCGAAAUGCCGCCGGGGUUUCGGUAUGAAUUGCAAAAGUAACGUACUAGCAUGAAUUCAAAUUGCAGCAAUACAAAAUGGCUCAGCAUUAAUGCAGAUUUGCCUUAGGAACUAGAUUUGUAAUACAUAAAAUGCAUUUGAUACGACGAGUGCGAUACUUUUGCACAGUAUAUUCGGGAGGUGGAAUCGCGAUCCCGGCCGGGGACGACGGUGUACGAGGAUAUUGAAACCAAAAGAAGGUAUAUCCAUUGCAAAUAUCGAUCUGGGUCUGCUGGAAACUUGUGAUGCUGGGUGGCGUAUCAUGAGGAGGCCACAAGUGCUGGCUCAGCAUGACAAGUUUCUGAGCUUCUAGGUGUUGCCUACGUAUUCUGCAUGACAGGCUGCGUUUAUUUUUCUGCAUAACAAAAAAUAAAUGGAGCGCUUCGGGAACGUGCAUGACAGAUUUAAGAGUCAUGCCAGACAAGCAUGAUAAACAUGCAAACUCUUCCAGACGCGGACAUAUUUGCAUUUGAUAAGUUACGGCUCCAUGCAGCAAGCCUGGCGGGCCUACAUUAUGAAAGCCUCAGAAUGGAAAUUCUCCAAGUGGAAAUAAUUUGUGAUGCAUGAAAUGCGACACCAAAAAGACUGCAUUGCAGAGAACGCAAUGGAGGCCGACUAUUGUGCUUCUACGGGUUCAUAAUUGGGCUGCUGAGUAGCACGAGAGAAGGGCACCCCUUUGCCUAACUAGCAUGACAGACACGUCGUUUUGAGUGCCCGGGAAAUUUGUCAUGCGCCGACUAGAAAUGGUGCUUCAACUGGACGAGUCUUUUUUUUGGAUUACAAAUUAUUUUCACUUUGAGGAUUUCCAACCUGAGGCUUUCAUAUACGUGCUAAAGGACGGAGUCACCGGCUCGCCGUUGACGCAACAGCGAGGUAGUUCGGGACCCGUCGGAGCAGGCAGCGUCGGUGCGACCACGACCGUUGAGAAUCCUCUGAACAUGAUCGCCGGAUCCAGCGGAAGCCCUGGUGCGAACGGACACGCUGGGACGACAGUACCAGCACCAGCCGCAGCUCCACACCAGUUGCAAUCUGGCGGCGCAACGAGUAGCACUAGUAGCGCGGCUGCAGGACCACAAGGGGGUACUAGCACAGAACCACAAGUAGAUCACGCCGCAGUAGUUUUGGACACCCUUCCCCAAGCGAGGCCCGGGGGCUACCGCCGGCCACUCGCAGCGAACGACGUAAACGUCGUGAACAAGCAAAAUGCAGAAACAACCGGGCCAGAAACUACUGCUGCGACCAGAGUUUCCAACCAGAGCUCAGGUUUACCGGAACGAGGGAUACAUAAGCAGGACUCAGUAAACACAACAGGCUCGGUAAACCUCUUCCCAAACACAGGGAUAAGCGCCAGCAACUUCCUAUCAAUUGCAAAAGUAUCGCACUCUUAUAAAUGCAUUACAAAUUUUCUCAGCAUGAGAAUCUGUAAUGCGGAUUUUCCUGAAGAAAAAGAUUUGUAACGCAACAAGACUUGCAUUUAUACGAAUCCGAUACUUUUGCACAGGAUACUUCCAACAAAGUUCUUCCUCCGAAGACGACGACAACAGCGGGCAGAAUUACCAGCUACGCAUUACAGAAGUAUCGUCUUCGUAUAAAAACGCGCAUGACAAAUUUCUUCUGAAGGAAAACGGCAGUUUGUCAUGAAGAUUGAGCCAUGGAAGAGCAAGUGUAGAUCUGUCAUGCAAAACAGCCAUUUCAUCGACCAGUCCGAUACUUUUGCAUUGUAUACCAGCAGAUGCUCGACAACCUUCCCUCCGUUGAGGAACUGUCCGCCCAAAUGGCGAUGUACCAUGCGGGACCGCAGGAAUUAUCGAGCAGCUGGUCGGUCGUUGAGCUGAAGGAGCUGGGCUUUCCGGAACAGAGCUGCGAGGAAGCAAAAGCAAAUGGCCUGUCUUUUGAGGAAGCUGUGGAGUACUGCGUUUCCCGGAGCAGUGUGGUAGCGAACGGCGGGGGAGCAGGGGGAGCGGAGGGGGAGUUUGACCUUGGGGAGGUAGAAAGAGGCAGCGGACGGGACUCGGUCACGUGAAGAGGUGAAGAGCGGUCGUAUAAUUGAAUUGCCGGCUACUUCGUCCUGGUGACAAUAGGAAUAGUCCUGGUCGUGCAGCUACAUCGCCGAACAGAACUUGUUGUACACGAUUGUCCACCAACAUGAACAUGAUCUCAGACGAAGGCUGCAAUUUGAAGGCCUUCCUCGAGAAGCUGCUGCUGCAGACAUGACAACAAUAAAAACGUCGAAAACAAUACAACAAAAACGAGAACUCCUCUUUUUCAGCCCCGCCGUUUAUACUUAACCACCUUGCCUUCACCACUGACGACUUCCGAAGCCAUUAGCAUCAGUUGUACCAGUUGCGCGACCAGCGUCAUCGGCUUUUGCAGAGCGAGCGUUUGUAAUGUUCAACGACGGUUUUGCUACGCCGAUUUUCAUCAAUAUGAUCACCGUUUCAUACAUUUUCCCAGUCCUUCGCUAUCUUCGCGUUUCCAGAAAUAGAUGCUUUCAAAGUUUCUACCUUUUAUGCUUAUUCUAGACCAACAAGCAGCGUUGGGGAAGCUCAACAAGCGACAGAUAUUUUUAUCCACGACCUAGCCCUGAAUUAUGAUUAUCCUGAGCCGUACAUCACUUCUACACAACUUCUAGCGCCACCUCCCCCUUUAUUACACUGCCUUUACUUGCGGCCGCCGAGUAUAGUUCUCGAAUUUAUCUUUUUAAAUCUCGUGACCAUGAGGGGAGAUAUGUUGAAGUACUGUUGUCAAGAUUUUGGAGAAGAUCUUCCAUGUGCUUCAGAAGAUUUUUGAGCUUUUUUCGUCGAAGCAUCGAUCACGACAGAAACGAUGACGUCGAUGUCGACUCGGUCUUGGAAGAG